AUGGAUGAUGUGUUGAAUGAAAACAAAAUAAUUGUAGCUGAAAACAAGAAAGUUGCUGAACGUGAAAAGAUUCUCGAAAUGCGCGUGAAGAAAUUAGAGUCUGACAACAAGGCAUUGUUAAAGAAGAUUGAUACAGAUCAGACUAAGAUUGAUUUCCUGAAAGUGCGAGUGGCUGAGUUGGAAGAAGAAAAGGCUCGCAGAGAUGAGCAGAACAAGUAUUUCGAGAUGAAAAACAAAGAGCUUGAGGCUGCGAAAGAAUUGAAAGAGCACGAGUUCUACAUGUUGAACAAAGUUGUUGAGAAUAUGCUUGGAACGUCGAUUGAACAGAGGUUCAAAGAGAUUCAAGUUGAAGAGUUUAGAGCAAAACGCCAAGCUGAGAUUGACGAACAGAUGAAAGAUAAGGGUAAGGGUGCUAAAAGCAGUGUUGCAGCUGUUGAGAGAUCAAUUGUUCCUUCUAUAGUCAUUGAGAAUCCAGUUCCUAUAUCUUCUGUAUCAGCAAUUUUUGAAGAACCUGUAACUCUAGAAGAUCUUGCUGCUAAUGAGGAUGAGGAAGAUAAUGAGGAGGAUGACGAUGAAGAGAGUGAUGAAGAAGAGGGUGAUGACCAGGAAGAUGACAAUGAUGAGAAAGUCUUUUCAGCUAGCAGUCAUGGUUCUGAUAAUGACGACGAUGAUGCUCAUGGUGGUAUGGGAAUUAAAGUAACUGAAGCUUCCAAUAAAAGAACAGUUGAUGAUUUUCUGAAUGAUUCUGUGAAUGAAGAGUCAGGGGGAGCUGAAGGAAAGGGGGAGUCUGGUGAUAAUCAGAAUGUAAAACAUGUUGAAAAGUUAAUUAUGAGAUUAGAGACUGAUAUUGAGGAAGGUGAACACCGACAUACGUAUUCAUUAGAGGAGAUUAAAGAAAUGACACGUAUGGUGGAUCCUGACUUCAAAUUUGAUUUUGAGGAAGAAUUAAAUGCAUUCGACAUCGACCACCAACCAGAAUACGAGUAUAAGUAUGUAGAGGAUGCUGAUAUAUACGACAGGGUUGAGGUUGAAGAUUGCACAGAUGAUGAAAGUGUAAGUGAAGAUACUUCUCAGUAUCUUACGCUGAUGGAGUUCUUUACUGAAGAGAAUCGAGACGAAUUGAGAAGAAAAGUCACUGAGAUCUUAAAAGACAAAAAUUUCGAUGGCACUCCGAAGGAUAUGCAAAAAGAAGAACGGCAGAAGUGGUUUAAAGACAGUCACGAGAGAAAAUUCAAAAGGCCGUUGAAGUUCUAUCAGAGAGAUCGAAGCAUUUCACUUGGUUUCCUGCCUCAUGUUAAUGCAUAUGCGAUCAGAAGGGAGUUUGGAGUGCAGUACUUUGAACGUCUAUAUGAUAUAAUGUCACUACCAUGGUGGGAUGUUGAGGAGCUGUCGAAAAAGCCGCAUUACUCAAAGAGAGUGCAGAGGGUAGAUCCGGUAAAAGGGGUUGAAGAAACUAUCCUUAAUGUUAAAAAGCCAAAGACGAUGAAAAAUGUACCAGUGCCAAAGAUGGAGCAGGAUUUCUACAAAGGCUUCUUGGGCUGGAAAGGCAUUAAUUCUGAAAAUAAAUGGAAUUCAAAAUGGUGGGCGCUUGAAGAAAAGGAAAGAAAGAAAGCUGAGCGUGAACGCAAGAGGCUGGAAGCAAACAGAGGUAAAUGGAUGAAACAACAGGCCGAAGAGGACAAGAGAAAGAAGAAAGAGAAUGACAGAGUGAGGAAUUUACUUAGGAGGAAGCCUGAGUCAAGGGAGGAAACGUUCAAGUCACUCUGA